AGCCCGGCUCCAGCCUGAUUUGGGUCUUCUAGUCUGGCAAGCUCCUGCCGGUGACCCCGCGCUUCUCUGCCCGCGUGGCUCCGGGCGCCGUCCUUAGCCCAAGCACGCACCGGACUUGGCUCCUAGCUGGGCAGCGCCCCAGGGACCCGAGGACACCAGCGGCUGCACAGGGCAAAAUAGAUGAACAGGAUGGAAAAUAUGUUAUUCUGGUUGAUACUUUCCACCCCUGGAUGGACCCUUUCCAGUGGGUCUGAAACGCAAGCGGAUUAUACGUGGCACUUGAACAGAAUACCCCAGGUCGUGAAUGAGAGAACUGUCCACCUGGCGAGCCCCGCGUUUCAGGCAGAUGUGGAGAUGCCGGUGGCUCCAGCGUGCGGCAUCGAAUGUCAGGAAGGGCUCCCAGGGCCCAGCCUUUCCCAGCUGGAAGACUCCCUUUCCUAUGAGACAGUCUUUGAGAAUGGUACCCGAACCUUAACCAGCGUGAAAGUUCAAGGUCUGGUCCUGGAGCUCACUCAAAAUAGCAGCACCAAAUCGGCACGCAUUAGGAGAAGAAGGCAGGUGUAUGGCACCGACAGCAGGUUCAGCAUCUUGGACAAAAGGUUCUUGACCAAUUUCCCUUUCAAUACAGCGGUGAAACUGUCCACCGGCUGCAGCGGCGCCCUGGUUUCCCCCAACCACGUGCUCACAGCUGCUCACUGCAUCCAUGACGGGAAGGACUACGUCAAAGGGAGUAAAAAGCUGAGGGUAGGAAUGCUGAAGAUGAGGAAUAAAGGAGACCGCAAAAAACGCAGAGGUCCUAAGAGGGGCCGGAGGGAAGCCGAGGGUGGUGGCCAAAGCGAUGGUGGUGAGGGGCAUCUGCAGGAAAGCGCCAACCGGAGACACAAGAAAGAAUCAGGGCGGAGUCCGAGGGUUGCCCAGGGGAGCCCCUCCUUCCAGUGGACUCGAGUCAAGAGCACCCACAUUCCCAAAGGCUGGGCGAGGGGAGAGAAUGGGGACCCAGCCUUAGACUACGACUAUGCGCUCCUGGUGCUGAAGCGCCCUCACAAGCUGCAGCACAUGGAGCUGGGUGUCAGCCCCACCAUCACCAAGCUGCCCGGAGGCAUCAUCCACUUCUCCGGAUUCGACCAUGACAGGGGCGAUCAGUUGGUCUAUCGGUUUUGCAGUGUUUCUGAGGAGUCCAGUGAUCUCCUGUAUCAGUACUGUGAUGCUGAGGCAGGCUCCACAGGCUCUGGGAUCUACCUGCGCCUGAAAGAGCCAGACAAAAAGAACUGGAAGCGCAAGAUCGUGGCCGUCUACUCUGGCCACCAGUGGGUGGAUGUGCAUGGGGUUCGGAAGGACUACAAUGUAGCCGUGCGCAUCACUCCACUCAAGUACGCCCAGAUUUGCCUCUGGAUCCACGGAAAUGCUGCCAAUUGCGCUUAUGGUUGAGGGAAAACUGAUGCAAGUUCCUGUACAUCCUUAACAGAAGAGAAAGCCAGCCUUGUUUGUGAGACCACCUCACAAGACCAUGCCUGAACGUAAACCUAAAAAUAAUAUACUUUUUUUUACAAAUAUACUUUAUCAAAAUUAGUUUACUUUCAUACAAUUAUAAAUUCAUAGUUUAGGUGCAGAUAUUGAAACCAGAUGGGCACCACAAUGCCAAGUAUGUGCUCUACCUGGUGCUGUUCCGUUUGGGGGAAAAUGUUUGUUUACUUAGGCAUCUUUGAAAGUAAAUACUCUUUAAAGCUCCAAACCGAUCCUGUAGCAUGUAACUUCUCUAUGAGUUGUUCUUAGGGUCCUACUCUAGUCCAGUAGGGUGUAGUUAUGCGAAGAACAUGACAGGUGUAGUUAUGCAAAGAACGUUACAGGAAUAUACAAAGGUUCACAGUAACACAGUUAGAAUCAGGUAGAGGACAUUUAUUUAGCUCACAUUGCUCUUGAUGGAUCUACUCCAUUCCUGCCCUCAGUGUUUAUAUGUGUUUUCUCUUGGGUUUGAGAAAUUCAGUUCUUUUUUUUUUUAAGAAUUAUAAAUCAAAAACGAAUAAAAAUUUCAAAUCAAAAGAGUGAGCUUUAUAAACAAUUUAAAACUAUUAAAUACUGCUUUAGAAACAGCAACAACAGUAUCUGUUUUAAAAUUCAAGAAGUGCUUCGUUCUGUGAAAUAAAUUUAUAGGUUUUCAGUUUAGAAAUAGGGAAGCUGAGACAGUUUAAUAUCUCAAGUUUCCAUUUGGCAGAGGGAAGACAUUUUGUGAGCUACAGCGCUGUGUUGAAAGCCACAUCCCUUUAUGCCCCACAUUGGACUGUGUAUGAGGUGCUAUAGUUUUAACACAACAUAAGGAAUUCUCUAUGUGUUUUCAAAGGAGAAUGUCCCCCUCAGCCUUUUAAAAAAGGUUCUGGUUGUUCUCAUCAGACACCAAGGAGGCACCUACACUCUGCUUCCCCUGUUGCUUUACAUAAGCAGCUAGUGACCACCCUAGAGCAAAAUGCAGAGCAGGCACUUAGUGCAUAUCUCAUGAACAAAAAGUAUGCUGUGAAUGGUUAUAAACAGGGGUUUGUUCAGGGCAUUGUAUCUAAAGAGUUUUAAUGAUAGUCAAGUACACUCUAAAAUUCAGUAAUCAUAGGCCUGGACUAUUCUUCCUGGCAAUUUCUAGAACUACAUAUUUUUCUCUCAUGACACAAUUCACUUCUAGAGUAAAACAUUUGUUUUUACAAAUGUCCUAAAAUAAUGAUGAUUAUAGUAUUGAUUACUAUGCAAAGGAAUAUCUUUUAUAGGUUUUCAUUAAGUGAUUUUGUAAAUGGUGCUCAAAAUA